AUGAAGGAAGAGAGAAGAGGAAGAAGGAAGGCCAAAAGGAGGAGAAAGAGGGACCGAAAAGAGGAGGGGAAAAGAGGCCGAGCAAAGGCCCCCCACACGAAAACAGGGGCGGGGCCCCAAGCAAAAAGAGGAGGGGCGAAGGAAAGGAAAAGGAAAGGCGCCAAAACGCAGAACAGAGCAGGAACAACAAGCGGAAGCACCCGGCAAGGAAGAAGGGAGCACCCGGGGGAAAAGGGAGAGAACGAAAGAAGGAAGCCCGCACAGGAAGAGCACGCAGCACGCAAGGGGGGGAGGGGGAGAAAGGGCACGCAAGGGCAGGCCGAGAAAAGGGCGCGACCAGAGGCGGGCAGAGCGGCGCAAGCACCACGACAAGAGGCAGGCAGGACACAAAGCAGAAGGACGGGCACAGGGGGGAAGGGGCGAGGGGGAAGGGAGGGAAGAGGGAGGAAAGGAGCGGAAAGCAAAAGCGGCAAACGAGAGGAGCAAAAGAAAGACAAGAAGCCAACACCCGCAAGGGCAGCAAAACAGGCCGAGGAGGCGCAACAGACGAGCAGGCGCAAAAGAAGAGGCGGCCGCAGGAGGACCAGAAGGCCCCGGACGGCAGGGAGGGAGAAGGAACGGCAACGCAAAAGCAAGGGCGGAGGCGGGCGCAGGGGCGCAGAAAGGGCAGCAAGAGGGGCGGGGGCAAACAGAGAGGCGCCAGGGGCCAGGGCAGGGGGGCAAGGGGCAGACGGGGGGGGGGGGGGGAAGCAGGAACGGCCGGCAGGGGGCGGGGCAGAGAAGACCAACGACAAAGGGGCAACGAAGAGACAACCCACCGCACGCGCAAGCAGAGGAACAAAGAAGGGAGCGCCCCCACACGGAGCCGGCCACAACCGCACGGAGAGGACAAAAAGAAGCCAAAAGGGGCGCCACGAGGGAGGCAGCGGGGGGAAGGCAGGAGGGGAGAGAGAAAAGGCGGGGAAGGGGGGCAAAAGAAAGAAAAGAAGGGCCAGAAAGCGCAAAGGGGGGAACAAAGGGAAAGAAAGCAGAGGACAAACCGGGGAGGGGGCGAGGGAGGCGCAAAGAGCAAAGAAGGGCCGGAAGCACACGGGAAGCAGGCAGGGGCGAAGGAGCGGGAAAAGAGAAGCAAGGCAAGGGCGAGAGAAACAAAAGGAGGGAAGAAAGCACACAAGAGAAAGAAAAGAAGACCGAAGGGGCAGGCAAGGGCGCAAAACACGCACAGGGGGAGGGCGGACGGAAGAGAGCCACGACAGAGCAAACAGGAAAGGCGAACAAACGAAGCACAACGGGCCAAACGAGGGAGGCAAGCAGGGGAGGAAGGCAAGAAAGGAAAAAGAGAAGAAGGGGGCAAAAGAAGACGGAGGGGCAGAAAAGACGAGGAAAAGAGGGGGAAAAGGAAAGAAGAAAACAGAAGAAGAAGGGGGACAGAAGCAAACAAAGAAGAAAACGAAAGCCCGCCCCCACACGGAGGACCAACAGGGGCCCCAAGGGGGAAGAAAAAAGGCACAGAAAAAGGAAAGGAAGAAGAAGAGGAAGAAAAGAAAAAGAAGGGAACAAACACACCGGAGGGGGCCGCCCAAGCAGCGCCGGGGGGAGCGGCGGGGGCGCGACGGAGGAGAGGGCGGGAAAGGCCAGCGGCGGGGGGAGGACCGGCGAGGAGGAGAGGAGGCAAAGAAACAGCCCCGGCAGGCAGAGGAGGACGCAAAGAGGAGGAGGAGGGGCUGGGGGCAGGAGAAGCCAAGGGCAGCAAAGGGAACAAAGCGGCAAAGAAGCAACAAAAAGGGCAAAAGGAGCAGCACGAGGAGAGGGCAGGGGAGCAGAAAGAGGAAAAGCGCACAAGGGACCAGGAGACGCCAGAGGAAGCAGACCACGAGGAAGAGCAAGGGGGGGGGGCAGGGGGAAGAAGGGCCGGCCGAACAAAAGAGGAGAAAGGGGAGGAGGAGGGCCAGAGCAAGCACAGAAAAAGCAGCAGGAAAAACCAAGGGAGGAACGGCAACAAGCAAAGCCGCAAGCACACCCCGAGGAGAGGGAGGAGAGCAGCAGCCAAGGAAGGACGAGACGAGAGGGAGGCAGGGGGCCAAGAGGAAAGAAGCAGAAACAGAAGAGGCAGGACAGGAAGAGAAGCGCCGAAAGCGAACAGAGCAGG